GUUGCACAUGAAUGUGCUAAGGAAUGUGACUGGUGAAACACUGCCCUACAGAGAGUGACUCCAGUGCUCACUCAGCCAUGACCAGGUAGGAUUGCAGUGCCUAUAUAUGUGGAUAUACAAUAACAUUGCAGGCACCCCAUGAACUUUGCAUGCUCUGUUUUCCACUUCUGGGUAUCUUUCUAGAUUGACCAAUCAUAAAACAGGAACUGAUACAUUUGAUACUCACUGCCCAUGUCGGUUGUUCCACAUGCAUACAAAUGAGAUAACCUUAACCAAUGAGAAGACAUUGACCUUUUUGCUUGACCUAAUGAGUAUAUAAACAUGCAGCUCCCUCUGUUAUCUGUUCACUAUUUUGUUUUAUUCAGUUGUGUGGAGAUCUGUCAAAAUUGGAGGGAAAAUACAAAGACUGGAAACAAAUUAGCACCUACAGCAAUUAUCUGAGAUAUAUUUUGAGUUAAUUUCACCCAAAGGAUUAUGGAACUUAAGCAGGAAGCUCUAGAGUUACCUGACAAAUAUAUAAACAGUAGUCCCACACUGGAGGAGAUCUACACUGACAUUUGUUCUAUAAACAUGUCUGACUGUGACAGUGCCACAGUGAAUGGUGACCGUACUACACCUACAGGAUGCCCUGCCCCCUGUCUACCCACCUGGGACUUUUCACCCGUACCCACUUCCUUACACAACAGCAUGAUGCAUCUACGCUCUCUGUCACCCGAACCCAGAUAUGAGGAGAUCCCUUCAUGCCAACAUAGUGAGUAUUAUAGCAAUAUGAGUGGCCAGGACUCUUUGACACAAAGUUCCACCUCACAAGGUUACCAGGAGUGGGGAAUGUAUAACUGGGAACAUUUGACAGGGUACAAUCCACACCCCCAUAGGUUUGAUAUCCCAUCAAGCCUUGGUGACAGUGGUAGUUGUUACUACAAAUCUACCACCCAACCCCUAUGUACCACACAGCAGUAUGGUGAUGACAUUGCCCGGUGUUCCACACCCGACCUCAUCAGUGCCCUCUCGUCACUUCAGCCUGACAAGGACCAGGGUGAUAGUUCUGUCCCAGCACACAGCGGUGCUACCGACAUUAAGGAGACUUGUAACGUGUCUGUGGUACAGGAGCAUGGCACCUCCGCUAUGUUUAUGCACCUUGCACAGCGGUACCAAGACAGUGGUUAUAACUCUGACCUCUCCAUGUCACCAGUCUAUCCUUAUAAAUCUAAGAACACAACCAAGACCAAACAAGACUCGGACGAUGAAGUAAAAGAUAGCCUUGUGCAUCUUAAUAGAGAUAUAAGUGUUGCUCAACAUGUUCCUAAGUUUAGUUCACUGGAGAAGGCCUCCCUAUCUAUGUCUCAGAGUAACAUACUAACUUCGCUACCCAGAGCUUACUGUUUGUCUCGCAAGGAAAGCCAGAUUCAGUCAAGUGACGUGUCCUCAUCAGAUUACCAUUCCUCCAUGAUGGUUACCAAGGCAACACACAGAAUGCCUCCAGUACAACCCAAUUCAAUGCUUUGCAAUAAGCAUCCAGCCAAACGUCCCAUUCAGUCUCAGGAACAGCAUGGACCAGCGAAGCGUAAACAUGUGACACCACAGACAGAGAUUGAAGACACGUGUAAUGAAUUCAUGCAACAAAUGCCCCCUACAGAUAAGAAGACCAUGUUUGGUAUUAAUCAUAGCAAGACAAAGGCGGACCAUGACAAGAAAAACCGCCAUAACCAGCCUCUGAACCUGCAGGCCACCGGUACGAUGAUGAGUUGGUAUGAGAGCCAUCGGGAAAACCCCUAUCCCACCAAAGUAGAGAAGGAGUUGAUGGCUAAGUUAGGUGGAAUCACAGUGACUCAGGUUAAGUCUUGGUUUGCCAACAAACGUAACCGCAACAAUAACACGCGACCCAAGGUACAGAAACGUCAGAUGACUGAACGCCUGAUGAACAUUUGUCAUGAGCUGGCACGUAACUCUCAGAAUCCCACAAUGAACAAUGCGGACAUCAUUCAGAAGCUGUCCACCAUUAUAACUGUUCCCCAAAGUGAGGAUGUGCUGUGAUACAUGGAUGUGUUAGGUGCUGAACCUAGGACCAACUGACUGACAUUACAGAUAACAAGUUUGCUGUCGUAUUUGUGCUUGAAGAAAGGCCAGGUUUGUUAUACGUGUACUUAAUUAAUUGAAAAUGUGAUGUAAAUGCCCCUCCCCCCCAUUGUGCUAUUAUUUAUUUGGGUGUAUAACACCAAAUCCUUAUCACAAAUAAAUGUGAAGUUUAGGUGUUAACUUUUUGUAAAAACUAUUUUAUUGAUAUGCAGUGCAUAUUUUUAAAAGAAAUGAAUGUAAAGUGAAGCGUGAAGACUUUUUUCCCCAAUAUCAAUGUUCAGGUAGAUUUUCAAGAUUGACAUUGCAAGAACUAGAUAUGUAUUUAUAUUUUUAUAUAACCCUGCAAUAUUUCAAAUAAUAUUAAUAUUCUACCCUGUUGAUAAAUAACAUUGAAGAGUUAUUGCCCUUGCCCCUACAUGUAUUGGUGCUCAAGAAUUUAUCAUAUUGGAUAUUUUUUCGUGUUCUACAAUUUUCAGCAUUUUUGUUUUUAUCUGUUAUCAAAGAGUAUAUAUAUCUAUGUGUGACCUAAUUUUGAAUAUGAAAAUCACACAAACAAGUCUGAUGUGUACAGCAUACCAGACAAACACAACUUACUCAUUCCCCUUAUUGAAUAAGCAGUAUUCAUCAUAUUACAGAAUCUGUUAAGAAAUGAUUUAAUUCAGGAUUAAAAUUGCAAUAGGAGUAGAGAAAUGGCAUAAUUUCUAAGUUAUGUCCUAAAUGAGCAAAGUAUAGGAGGCUGAAUAGUGAUUUACCAUCAACACCAUGUUGGUGGUGGAUUCGCUUCACUUUUACAGUUUUUAGUAAUUCCGUCCACCAUUUCACCACAUUGUACUUAUUUUGUGUCGCACUUUAUGCCUAUGUUUUGUUCAUGUGUAAAGUUAUUCCAAAUAUUUUAAAGUUGAUUUUGUUUACUAAUAUUAUCAGGCGAGUAUCAAGUAACUAAUAUGAAAAUGACUUCCUUAGAAAAUCUAUAUAAUAUUGACUUGGAUGCAGUUUAAAAGAAUACCUGUUGGGCCAAACUUGGGAAAUUUGGGAUAGUCAGAAAAUGAUUGCAACAACUCUCAGGUUUUUUUAAUUUCAAAAGAUCACAGUAGUGCCCAAGCAGUUAGUGUGAUUUAACGUUAUCUCUUACAUUCACAGUACACUCAUACAUAACUUAUAUACAGUUUAUCAUACACGACAUGGGACAUCCAAAGUUGUAGUAUUUCCUGACCUCUUGCAUUUCUAGAGGAAUUCACUUGUCCUCCUAUCAAAGUAAGAGACACUAGUAUACUUUAUCUUCAUAUCUGUGUAUAGAACUGUUACCAGUACAUGUUGAAAUUAGUACAGGUAUUCCUUGCCUUUGAUAGAUUGAGAGAUUUCUGGUGGAAGACCAGAGACAUUUUGACCAGAGACAUUUGCUUUGUUAAAAUAUUUUUGUGCUGAUUUUAGGCCAUAGUUUGUCUUUGCACUCCAAAGAUACUCAAACUACAUCAGACAUCUGUCUGUCAUGUCUCUGGUCAGGUAGGAGGGUCAGAGGUUACAUGGACUACAUCAGACAGAUGUCUGUCAUGUCUCUGGUCAGGUAGGAGAGUCAGAGGUUACUUGGACUACAUCAGACAGAUGUCUGUUAUGUCUCUGAUCAGGUAGGACUGUCUGAGGAUACGUGGACUACAUUAGACAGAUGUCUGUCAUGUCUCUGGUGAGGUAGGAGGGUCAGAGGUUACUUGGACUACGCCAGACAUCUGUCUGUCAUGUCUCUGGUAAG